AUGCGCUUGAUCAACACUGAAACUUUAGAUAUUGAAAAUUUCACUGGCCCUGAGUUUCCAAGAUAUGCCAUUCUCUCGCACACAUGGACUGAUGACGAGCCAACCUUGGCGGACGCUCAAGCCGGCUUUCUAACAGCACGCUCAAGAGCCGGAUGUCGAAAGGUCAAAGAUUUUUGCACACUUGCACGGCAAGAUGGCCUCUCGUACGCUUGGGCUGAUACGUGCUGCAUCGACAAGACCAGCAGCAGCGAGUUGACUGAGUCGAUCAACUCCAUGUUCCGAUGGUACAUGUCGGCCGACAACUGCUAUGUCUACCUUGCCGACCUGGAGAGCGAUGCUUCGUCAGACACCAUGGCCUCGUGCAGGUGGUUUACAAGAGGAUGGACCCUCCAGGAACUCAUCGCACCGAGUAAGCUACAGUUCUACGACAAAGAAUGGGGCUUGCGCGGUUCAAAGAUGGAUUUUGCCGAUCAGCUUCUACAGAUCACAAACAUCCCCGACGCUGUCCUUCAAGAUCGGACGUCAUUACACACUAUACCAGUCGGACGAAGGAUGUCGUGGGCAGCGAAUCGCCAGACGACACGACCAGAGGAUAUGGCUUAUUGCCUGAUGGGGAUAUUCGACGUCAACAUGCCAUUGAUAUAUGGGGAAGGGCGGAACGCCUUUAUACGACUCCAGGAGGAGAUCAUGAAGAGCAGCAACGAUCUCAGCAUAUUCCUAUGGCAAUCAGCUCGGGGUCCAAGGUAUCGCGGUAUACUAGCCGAGGAGCCAUCAGAGUUUGUUUCCGCUUCUCGCCUCAGGGUUGGGGUUGCCGGCAUGGACAGUCCGCAGUUUACCAUGACGAACAAGGGCGUUAAGAUCAAGGUUAGCCUCGCAGACAGCGGCCGGGGGAUCUUUGCCCUGAGCCUCAAUCACGUCGACGAAAAUUCGACGACAGAUGAGGUUUUGGGCGUCUGGCUCAAGAGACACAGAAACGGAGCAUAUGCGAGGGCCUACCCCCACGUCCUCGUUAUUGUAUCCGAGAGCGUGUUUGGAACUCCCUCCCGCAGAUAUCUCAGCAAGCACAUUUCACCAACCAUGGCUGAAGCGGUCGACUCGGCUACAGACAAUGCGUUUGUCUUUGAAGGCGACUUUCAUAGUCAGUACUAUCAGCAUCUAUCUACCACCUCUAGCGCAUGGUGGGAUCGGGACAUGAUGGCUUAUCUACGGGACAAUGGACUGCCAUUUGUGGCUUUUCACCUAUUUCGCGCAGGAUGGGAUAACUCGAGGCGUGAUAACCGCUUCGUGCUCGCAUUUGGCGUCGCUGAAGACGGGACCGCCUGGUUUUCGCUCGCAGCUGAUUCAUGGACACGGCCUUCAAAAGGUGCAGAACUGUUAGCUGCAGCAUUAAAAGGAGAUCUCAAGGCUGUCGAAGCCCUAGGGCUCGAGUUGUGGAAGGAACACAAGCAGAAGGAGAUGGAGCACAAGGAGUUAUGGGGCCACGAGCAACUCCCGCAGAGCCUCACUUUUAUCAGGCGAGGCCCAACUAUGUUGCCGACAGGUCUUUCUGAGCAGCCAUACACGUUGGAGGUUUAUAUUGGCAGAGGUAACCUAGACGGCCACGACGUGUAUCUUGUGACACUUGGUAAGAAGAUGCCACGGUAUCGUCGUAUGGUGGAGAUUGCUGCUCCUCUUGUUUUGUUUUAUCUUGUGUGUAAGCUAUAG